AUGGAGCUAAGCAUUGCGAAACUUUUGUUCUCCAGUGUUUUGUGGCUUUCUUGGCUAUCGUCCAGUCUAUGCCUCAUAGAACCGCGUGAGACGAAUACCUGCGAGGGACGCCAAUCAGCCGGUGCAAUAUGCGAAUCGUGUGAGCUAUUAUCAAUGUGCGUCCGCCAUUCUAGCGGCUGGGUAAACAUUCCGGUCGAAACGUGUGACACGGAUCGGGGUUUCUACUGCAAUUCACGACUGGGUAUGUGCAGCAAUAUGACGGGGCCUUGCCAUCCAUUUGCCGUACAGGGCAAUUUUCCAUGCACUUCGUAUGGUUUCUUUCCCGAUCCCUACGAUUGUCAGAAAUAUCACAUGUGCUAUUUUGCGGGCGCUGCCUUGGUAGCGGCGACUGUGGAAUGUGGCGGAGAUAAGGCAUUCGAUGCGGCGACUGGUCAAUGUUCGUUAACACUGAAUGAUCCGGUUUGUUUGAGUCGUCAGAUUCGUUGUGAGAAUGCUGGGGAAGCGCACGCUUGGCCAAGUAAUCCGAAUAUUUUUUACAUUUGCAAGACACUGUGGAAUCAGGAUGAACGCGUGCUCUAUCCUACGCUUUAUCGUUGUGCCGAUGGCGAAGUGUUCGAUGAUUACUACUGUCGAAACGUAACUAGGCCAAUUGGAAUUACAACUACAACUACAAUGGCGAGCAUUAUAUCUACGAGUGCCGCACCUGAUACGGGUAAUCGCACCGUACCGACGCCUACUAAUAAUGACAGAUGCACUGCAGUGGGUUUAAGACCUGAUCCGGAAGAUUGCGCCGGUUAUUAUUAUUGUUCGGCUUUGAAUGGAAUUAUGCGUCAUCGUGUUUGCCCAUCUGG